AUGUCGCGUCGCCAGCACCCGCGCCCGCGCCUUCAUUCGCGAAUCCGUUCGCAGGCCGCAGCGGAGCCCCCGCCGCCGCCCGAGCCGGCACCUCCAGCGGAACCCGACAACCAACCUCCGUCCGACGAGGAACCAGAGCCCGGCAACUGGCGCGCAUCCAGACCUCCAUCCCCACCGCAACGACCCGAUGAUGUCUCGGAAGGCUCCGAAGCCACAACGCGUCCCGGAAGACCAGAACCGGCGAGUCGAUACGCCAACCUCAACUACUGGAAAGCGAGACGCGUGACAUUUUAUCGCAAUGGCGACCCGUUCCACCCGGGAGUGGAAUUCCGUUUUAAACCUGGUCGGGAUCUGGUUUCUAUGGACGCGUUGUUGGAUCGGUUGUCAGAGAGGCUGGAGCUGCCGAGAGGGGCCAGGUUCAUCUUCGGCAUGGACGGAGACAGGAAGUACAGGCUGGAGGAGCUGGAGGAUGGCGCCUCGUACGUCGUGUCUUCCUACAAAACUUUUAAGGCGGCAAGUUACGGCAAGAAGAACGGCAUGUGGUACGGAGGCACCGCCGGCGGCGCCACGGGGGGCUGGUCCAGGGCUGGCACCCGCAAGCAAUCCGUGGCAGAGUCCGACGCUCCCCCACCGGGGGGCGGCAAGCCGGCCAGUGGAAGAGUCAUCAGGAUCAUCAAUAAUAUGGACCAUUCUAUACAGUGUCGUGUUUUGCUGAAUCUGCGGACUACACAACCCUUCGAAGAGGUUCUGGAAGAUUUGGGUCAAGUGCUCAAAAUGAAUGGCGCUAAAAGGAUGUACACCAUAACAGGACAAGAGGUCCGAAGUUUCUCCCAACUGCGCAACGAGUUCGCUGACGUGGAGACGUUCUACCUGGGCUCGGUGAUCGUGGCGCCCGCCCUCACGCCCGGCGUCAGCGCCCCGCUGCCUGUCGAAUCUCCUAUAAGAAGGUCUAGAUCAAGAGGUAAUGUGGCCGCGGCUGUGCCAUCCGAGGACCUGCGUGGAAGAAGAGCAAGGAGCAAAAGCAGACCCCGGGUACUGUACGCCCCUGAGGGAGAGAUCGUCCGGAAUUCAGACUACACAUUGCUUGAAGUCCUGAAGGAAGAGCCGAUCCGUGUCACGAUUCGCGGACUCCGGCGCACCUUCUACCCGCCCAUACACCACGCGCCGAUCGACAACGCGCCGCCUGAGAAGAAGAUGCAACUAGAUUGGGUGUACGGGUACCGCGGCAUAGACUCCCGCCGCAACCUGUGGGUGCUGCCCACCGGAGAACUGCUGUACUACGUGUCCGCCGUGGCCGUCAUGUACGACCGGGACGAGGACUCCCAGAGACACUACAUUGGGCACACUGAAGACAUACAGUGUAUGGAGCUCCACCCUUCCCGGGAGUUGGUAGCAAGCGGUCAGAAGGCGGGCAGAGGGCGACGUGCGCAAGCGCAUGUCCGUAUUUGGAGCACUGACACUUUGCAGACUUUACAUGUCUUUGGAAUGGCCGAGUUCGAAGCUGGGGUCUCGGCUGUCGCUUUCUCGCAAUUGAACGGUGGUAGUUACGUGCUAGCAGUGGACGCUGGUAGAGAGAGCAUACUGUCUGUGUGGCAGUGGCAGUGGGGACACUUGCUGGGGAAAGUGGCGACAUUGCAAGAAGAGUUGACUGGCGCAGCCUUCCACCCACUAGACGACAAUUUGUUAAUAACUCACGGAAAAGGACAUCUCACAUUUUGGAAUCGCAGAAAAGACGGAUUUUUCGAGCGAACAGAUAUUAUCAAACCGCCAUCUCGUACCCACGUGACGGCUCUGCAGUUCGAACAAGAUGGCGACGUUGUAACAGCUGAUAGCGACGGAUUCAUUACCAUUUACAGCGUCGAUAGUGAUGGGGCAUAUUUCGUACGCAUGGAAUUCGAGGCUCAUAUUAAAGGAAUAAGUUCAUUGGUGAUGCUGUCUGAAGGUACUUUGAUAUCUGGAGGAGAGAAGGAUAGGAAGAUCGCUGCCUGGGAUUCGCUGCAAAACUAUAAGAAAAUUACUGAUACAAAGCUGCCUGAGUCCGCUGGCGGUGUCCGCAGCAUAUAUCCCCAAAGACCUGGCAGAAACGAUGGCAACUUGUACGUUGGUACUACACGGAACAACAUCAUGGAGGGUUCACUUCAGAGGCGAUUUAAUCAGGUGGUGUUUGGUCAUCAUAAACAGCUAAUGGGUUUGGCUGUCCACCCUGAUGAUGAAAUGUUCGCAACUGCCGGCCACGACAAAAAUAUCGCGUUGUGGAAGGGGCACAAAUUGGUGUUUGCUACUCAGGUGGGAUACGAAUGCGUGUCAUUGUCGUGGCACCCAGGGGGCGGAGCACUAGCUGCUGGCAGUACAGAAGGCCACCUGGUGAUCCUGAACGCCGACGCAGGCGCACACGUCGCCACACUCAGAGUCUGCGGCUCCCCGCUCAACUGCUUGCAAUACAACUCUGCUGGAGACACCCUCGCUAUUGGCUCACAGAACGGCAGCAUCUACCUGUUCCGUGUCUCCCGAGACGGGUUCUCGUACAAGAAAUCCAACAAGAUCCGUGGCGCCCAGCCGUUGGUGCAGUUGGACUGGAGUCUCGACGGGAAUUACUUGCAGACUGUUACUGCUGAUUAUGAUCUGGCUUUCUGGGACAUAAAAUCUUUAUCACCUGAAAAGAGUCCAAUAGCAAUGAAAGAUGUCAAAUGGUCAACAUACAACUCUACAGUAGGAUUCCUGGUUUCAGGAAUGUGGAACAACCGGUUCUAUCCGAUGACUACCCUCAUUUCAACUGCCAGUCGGUCUGCUGCUCAUGAUCUCUUGAUCAGUGGGGAUACUGAUGGACAUCUGCGUUUAUUUAGAUACCCAUGCGCCAGCCCAAAGGCAGAAUACAACGAGAUGAAAGUAUACAGCGGUGCCAUAUCAAGCGCUCGGUUCCUCUUCAACGACCGCUGCCUCGUGACCGCGGGCGGCACCGACGCGUCCCUCAUGCUGUGGGAGCUGGUCGACGACUAACAUUACGCCGCGCCGGGGCCGCGCCCGCCGGCCGUCGUGGUCGCUCCCCCCACCCCCUCCCCGCCGCCCCUCGCGCGUACCACAUUCCGAGUACUCGACUUCGAAGAACUCGAUUGAACCGACGACGAUACUCGCCGGCAUCACUACUCUUUAGACACGUUCGACACUUGAAACGAUUACAGCACUAUUGUACCAAUGUUUCGUUCGAUUUUUGAAAAUGGAUUAAUAAAAAUUAAAACAAAUUAAAAUUAUUAGGUAUUUCAGUACCUACAUUAUUCACUGCCAUUGUUAACUUGCAUAAAGUAAUAAUUGUAGGGUAGGUACUUAUCACGUAUAAAUUUAUGAUUCGGCUUAAAAUUGGAUAAUUUAUUCCUGAAACGUUAUGGAGGAAUACGGAUAGGAAAUGAGAUGUGAUUGGUAUUUUUGGUGCUGAAUAUGAACUUGUAUAGGAGAUAUUAUGAGAAACGAUUUAUUAUUAAGUAUUUAUGUAUUUUUAGUUUUUCUUUUAUGUUGCCCAAUAUAGAUAAUUUUUAAAAUAAGUAGGUAUGCUUGUUUUUAAAUUAGAAUUAUAAAAGUUUGAUGCAUAUUCAUAUAUCAUAAUAAUAAAAAAACAAAACUUAACUUAAAUAAAUAUAUAUAGACAAUAGAUUCUUUUUUUGACUUUACAAAUUGUUAAAUACGUAUUUAUGUCA